GCUCAUGGUACGGGCGCCUCUCCAGCAAUAGCUGCCGAAGGGAGCUGAGUGGGGUCAAUUUCAGUCAUGCAGGCCGUAAGAAACGCGGGGUUUUGGAUCCUCCGGUCCUGGAGUUGGCCCAGAACCAGGGUCGUGGCUGGGUCGCCGGCCGGGACCAUCCACACUGGCGCGCCAGAGCUGCAAGACGCGGUGGCCAAGCAGGAAGUUGAGGAGAAGGCUGCAGCUCCGAGCCACAGCCCCUUCAGCAUUUACCCUCCCGUUCCAGGAGAAGAGAGCUCUUUGAGAUGGGCAGGAAAGAAAUUCGAGGAAAUCCCAAUCGCACACAUUAAAGCAACCUACAACAACACGCAGAUCCAGGUAGUCUCUGCUGCUAACCAGUCCCUUGCCCGUACUUCCUGUGGCACGGAGGGAUUCCGGAACGCCAAGAAGGGCACAGGCAUCGCGGCACAGACAGCAGGCAUAGCUGCCGCAGCAAAAGCUACAGCAAAGGGUGUGACUUACGUCCGAGUUGUGGUCAAAGGCCUGGGGCCGGGGCGCUUGUCUGCCAUCAAGGGACUGACCAUGGGGGGCCUGGAAGUGAUCUCAAUCACAGACAACACCCCCAUCCCGCACAAUGGCUGCCGCCCCAGGAAGGCACGGAGGCUGUGAUGAGAAGGAAGCUUGACCUCAAGUCUCAGCCUCUACUUGGACCUUGUAGAAAACUCACCGUCAGAGCAGUCUCCAGAGCAGUGCUUGCUGGAGAUCCUUCAGGUGUAAGAGAGAGCGCUGCCUCCUUACACAGUGGCCCUCGCUUGUGCUUCCAACUGGAGAUGGUGUGUCCCAGAAGUGCGCUUCGCCUUCAUAGACGUGAGGGAUCUACAGGGGCAGCAUGGCCCAGGCUCCAAUGUCUGCUCUGAGAGAAUAAAAGAAUACCUGGACAUAC